GUCACAGGCACAGUUUGUGUGUCCGUAUGAAGUGUGUAAUGGACGACUUGCCAGUUGAAGGCAAAGAACACUGGAAACAAGCUAUCUGAUAAUCUAUUCCUGCCUUUUUUUUAAAGAUGACUUCAAGAAUGUCUGUAGCUUAAUGGAAACCUAUGAUUAAGCUGAAACAUUAAUAAUAAUAAUAACAGAAACAAAAAAAUCGUCAUCAAGAAGCAAAAUGGAUCUGAGGGCCAAGCAUGGUCUGAUGCUGUUGGAACAGCUUAAUCACAUGCGUGAAGCUGAACAGUUAACAGAUGUGGUACUGGUUGCAGAAGGAAUCAGUUUUCCUUGUCACCGGUCAGUUCUUGCUGCGUUCAGCCCUUAUUUUCGGGUCAUGUUUACCUGUGGCUUGCGUGAAAGUGCAAACCGUCAGGUGUUACUGAGAGACAUGCCGGCUCAAAGCUUAGCCCUCUUGCUGGAGUACAUGUACAGCUCCAAGCUUAAGCUUUCCCCUGACAAUGUCCAGGGGAUCUCAGUCGCCGCAUUCCUGUUGCAGAUGGAUGAUGUCUUUAGUCGCUGCCAGACGUAUAUGAUAGAUAAUAUGGAUGCGUCCAACUGCCUGGGGAUCUAUUACUAUGCUCGUGAUUUGGGGGCUGAAGAAUUAGCAGAACAGGCUCAGCGUUACCUCCGUCAGCACUUCACUGAGGUGUGUAUGAGUGAGGAAGUGCUGGAGCUGGAAGCCUAUCAGCUUGGGGCAUUGCUAGCUUCAGAUGACCUUAAUGUCACCCGAGAGGAAACAAUUCUUGACGUAGUACUGCGAUGGGUAAGACAUUACACAGUUGGUGUGAGUCUUGGGGUAGAAAAUCGUGCAAGUCAGCUACCAGAACUCUUACAGAAGGUACGACUUCCACUGGUGAAUGUCAGUUAUCUAAAGGAGACACUGCGCCGCAACACAGCACUGCUUGCUGAUGCAGAAUGUCUACAAAUGAUGGAGGAUGCAAUUGAAGCAUCAGGUCUGCAUCCAGAAGCUCCAGCCCGACGACUGAAGUUACGCUAUGGCAUGGAAACAACUGAUUUACUGCUAUGCAUCGGCAACGAAAGUGGAGGAAUACGCUCACGCUAUGGAAGCUAUUCAGACCGCAGCUUCUGUUAUGCUCCAACCACUGGGCGCACAUUUUUCAUCACUUCUCCUCGCUACUGUGAUGUCCUUGGUUAUGUAUGUACUGGAGUUGUCACCGAACGCAAUGAGAUAAUUGUGGCUGGAGAGUUAGGGCCACGACGUUUAGCAAGACAAAAGGAAAAGAAUGUGGAGAUUUUCAAAUAUAACGAGGAAGCUCAGGGUAGCUGGAAGCCCUUGACUUCAGCAGAAUACCGUGAUUCAUAUGCCUUGAGUUCCCUGGGAGAUAGCCUGUACCUAAUAGGGGGUCAGAUGAUGCUGAAGAAUCAGUACCUCAUCACCAACAGUGUUGCGCACUGGUCUUUACAGGGCGGCCCUUGGCGCAGUGCCGCUCCAUUACCAAUGCCCUUGGCCUAUCACAGUGUUGUCCGGAUGAAAAACUGCCUUUAUGUACUUGGAGGCAGAACACCACAGACAUAUCAUGCGGAUGAGGAGCCUGACCGUAUGAGUAACCGCCUACUUGUGUAUGACCCAGAGAACAACAAGUGGAAUGAACUCUGUCCUAUGAAAUAUUCCAAAUAUCGCUGCAGUGCAGUAGCCCUCAAUGGGGAGAUUUUUGUUAUAGGUGGGAUUGGGUGUGAGGGAGUUGAUCGUGGACAAUCACGUCGCUGUCUCGAUGCGGUAGAAAUCUACAACAUUGAUGGUAAUUUCUGGAGGGAUGGCCCUCCCUUACCCUGGCCACUUUUGUCACUGCGCAGCAAUGCACCCAAUGCUGGGGUAGUGGAUGGAAAACUGUAUGUUUGUGGAUACUACAAAGGAGCAGACCGUCAUGACAUCAUCACAAAGAAUAUCCUGCAGUUGGAUCCAUGGGAGAAUGAGUGGACUGUAGUGGUUAAACAAGCUGUAAUGCACGACAGUUAUGACGUGUGCCUGGUGGCGAACCUUAACCCAAGAGGACUCAUGCCCCCUCCAGCUGACUUGGUGGAUGAAUAACAAAAACUGUUCAUGUAUGACAAAAGCAAACACAGUCAUUAAUUUGACAAUUUGUACAAUUGAGCAUUUUACAAAACUGAAAAUUGAAAAAUCUACACAGUUGUACAUAGAGGUUGUGUUUUAUUCACUUAAAUCUGAAUUGAAGUGUGUACAUUGUUAAAUAUUCUGGUAUAAUAUUAGUGUUGAUUUAUUGUGAAAUGCAUUUUUUAACAUAUUUUUGAACAGAUAGUUUUUGAUUGGUUUUAGGUAUACUGUACGACUGUAUACCUAUAAGACUUUCACGACUUGUGAAAGUAACAGAUUACAAAAAUGCUUACAACAUUUACUCCUGUUUCAAGAAGCUAAUUUCAAGAUGUUAUUUUUAAAUAUUAGUACUUUAUUAACAAGUUCUUCAGUUGCAUUAAAUAGAUGCAUGCCCUUCUAAAUGAAUUUUUCAGCUGCAUUACAGAGAUGCCUUUUUUAAUCAGUUAUGCACUGUAUGUUCAGACAGUGUGACUUGUGUAUCUAAUAAAUAUUACUGUAGCCAUGUUUGUACAUCAAUAGCAGUCCAAAACAAAAAUCUGUUUUCCCCAUUUUGACCUGAGCUCUUGAAAUGACCAACUACCAACAGAAACUUAGAUAUUUGGAAAAUCAUGUAGGUAGUUCCACAGAGUACACGGAGAUUACAACAAAAAAAACAAGGACAUAAGGAAUUCUAAACAGCAUAUACUUAUGAAUUUAAAUAAAGAAAGAAAAAUCAUAUUUAGAUAUAUGCUAUAAUGUAGAGGAACAGUUAGCAUGAAUAAGUGUUCAUUGAUGACAAAAAGAAAUGUACCAUGGAACCAUGGAACCCCCCCAAAAAAGUCUCAGUCAAAAUGUUUGCUUUGCGUCAUAAA